AUGACUUCUCUGACUCGGCCAGAAAGGCCUUGCGAUUAUUGCCGCAGGGUGAAGCAAAAAUGUAUUCCGGCACCGGGAGAUUCUUGCGCCCUAUGCCAGGGACGGCGCUGUACUUUCAUUGAAGCACCUCCUAAGAAAAAGAGGAAGCAAUCCAAUCAGGUCACUGAUGAGGCCGAAGCGGUUUCGGUGUCUCCAGAUGCUCUGAGAGAAUCGCCCCAGGAUUAUUCGAGACUGCCAGGUGCAUCCCUGCUGAAGCACACCCUUGGCCAUCAACAUUUCCGCACGAACUGCUACAUAGGGUCAACCUCUUUCCCUAGCCGAGUCCUACUUGAUCUUACAAGAGUUCAGCAGCAUGACAGCUACCGGGCGUCUCAGUCUAGCUUGGAUAUACGCCGCGUUGGUGAGAACGGCUAUUUUGUCAUCCUUCCUGACAAGGACGAUAUCAUAGCAGAGCAGCUCGACCUUCUGGACAAGAUCGAAGCAGUAAUUUCGCCCCAUGGCCCUGCUCUAGUGGAUUUGUACUUUCGGAUUGUCCACCCUAGCUUCCCGAUCCUUCAUAAAGAUGUAUUCCUUGAAAAGCAUAGUCGCUCAUACCGAGAACUAACACCUGCAUGCUUAGCUGCUGUCUACAUGCUUGCCUUGAACUGGUGGUCUUACAGCAUCGACCUGGCUGAUUUGGCCAAGCCAGAUAUUACUGAGCUUGAGAAGCUUGUUUCAUCUCUGAUGGCGUUCGACAGGGCUGCCAAAGUUUCCGACAUUCAGGCCGGUCUCUUGUUCCUCCAACGACCUGGUCAUGACUCUUGGCGCUUAACCGCUCAGCUUGUUGCUACUGCUGAAGAGGUUGGGCUACACCGUGACUGUUCCGAUUGGCAAAUUCCAGAGUGGGAGAAAGGAGUCCGUAAACGUGUUGCGUGGGCUUUGUUCAUCCAAGACAAAUGGGGAGCACUCGUUCAUGGCCGCCCAUCGCACAUCAAAGCGGACAAUUGGGAAGUCCCUCCACUUGUGCUCGACGACUUUCCGGAGAACGUCGACGAAGAUCAUGCAGAGCAAGGCAGCUCGGAAGUUGAACGAGGCAUCCUGAUCUUUAUGCACAUGUCGUCGCUAACGCAGAUCCUCUCCAAUAUCAUCGACGCAUUGUUUACAGUGCAGGCUGCGAUGAACUAUCCAACCACGGUAGACUUGUUGCAAGCAGUCAAGCCGCUCCAACUACAACUGAAAUCUUGGUAUACAGGAUUGCCUUCGGUUCUAGAUUUAGGUACUACUCAACCACGCAAGCUGUCUGCUACGGGACAGUUGUAUUUGGCAUACCUUGCUGCAGAGGUGACCUUGCACCGGGCUAUUAUCGAAUCAGACGUCAGGCGGCCUCUUGAGCCCGACCUUCGCCAAAUCACUCGUGGUGCAGCAGUUAUGAGAUUGCGGUCUGUCAUCGACUUUCUGAAACGCCUUAAACCCGAACACAUGCAAGGCUUCUGGCAUUUUGCGUCAGGGCCCUCUUUGGCUAUCAUAGGCACGUUUUCACUUGUAUUACUGGCCACCAGUACAGACACUAUUGAGUCCAAAGACAUUUUUUCUCUGAUUGCCGAGUUUCGCUGGCUUCUCAACAUCAACAGCUCCAGUGCUGACUUUACGAAGACGGCAAUUGACCUUUUGCGAACAAACGCAGGUCUACUGGCCCGAUUUCGUCCUCGACAGAGCACCGGAGCAAAACAAUUUGGUUUUAGAGAUACUAUAAGUCGAUCUCAUGAACAGGAACAACCAAAAAGAGGGUCGGGAGCGACACAGAGUCCCAGUGAAGGGAGAGCGAGCCAGACUGACGUCAAUGACUUUUUGUCACCAGGGAUUGAUAUGAGUGCAGAUCAAAACUGGUUUUACAACUUCGAGGACUUCGAAUUGCAUUCUUGA